AUGGGAGUUACCGGUUUACUCCAGAGUCUCAAGGAGAUCCAGGAGACCACGAACUUGGAGAAAUAUAAGGGCCAGACCUUAGCUGUGGAUACAUAUGGGUGGUUACACCGUGGACUAGUAUCUUGUGCACAAGAACUUUGCCAAGAUAUCCCCACGCGGAAGUAUAUAAACUCGGUAAUGAAGAAGGUUGAUAUGCUCCGUCAUUUUGGAGUAGAACCUUAUUUAGUAUUUGAUGGGGGGUACCUUCCCACUAAGGCUGAAACCGCCAAGGAACGUAGAGCUAAGAGAGAGGAAGCGAAAAUAAAGGCAGAUCAAUUGGUACGUCAGGGUAAGAAAGGGUUAGCAUGGAAGGAAUUUAUGAAGGCUGCUGGAGUUACACCACAAAUGGCCAAAUCCAUUAUGCUUGAAUUAGAUCAGAGAGGAGUCAAAUAUGUCGUAGCUCCGUAUGAAGCUGACCCACAAAUGGUAUACUUGGAGAAGAUUGGUGUAGUAGACGGUAUAUUACUGGAGGAUUCCGAUUUACUCAUCUUUGGUUGUAGAAGACUUAUCACCAAGUUGAACGAUUUUGGAGAUUGUGUAGAGAUUUGUCGAGACAGAUUUUGUGAGGUUAAAAAGAUCCCACAGCUCGCUCUGUAUACGCCAGAACAACUUCGGUUGGUUGCCAUUCUUUCUGGGUGUGAUUAUACCAAGGGUGUUGCUGGGAUUGGGUUAAAGACUGCCUUUACGUUGGUUAGAAGAUUCAGUAGCUUGGAAAAGAUUGUUGCAUCGUUGAGAAACGAUGGCAAGACUGUCACGGGAGACUUUGAACAAGAAGCACAUCGAGCUAAUAUCGCAUUCCAAUUUCAAAAAGUAUUCCAUCCACAUCAACAAGCUCUAUGUACAUUGAAUGAUGUCACUGAAGAAAUGGAUGAAUCUUUGUUAGACCUUUGUUGUGGUAAGAUGUUGGACCAAAAUUUGCAUGUACAAAUUUGUAAUGGAGAAGUUCACCCGAUUACAUUUGAAACGUUAAUUUCUCGAGAACAAAGUUUGACCAGUCUUAGAAGUACUUCAGUAAAUGAACCAAAAAUGAGAGCCCCACCGUCUAAACCAUCGGUAACAGUGGCCACAAAGAGUAAGAGUUUCCCCAAGGGCGGGAUCGAUUCUUUCUUUUCACUGUCUCGAUUAAAGCCCGAACUGUCCAAGGUUAUCCAACCAUCACUUGAACCAUCUGCUCCCUUAGAAGCUGAAGUCAUUUCAACCGUUAGUUCCAGAUCUUCAGAAUCGUCUAUUAAACGAACAGUUCAUGAAAUAAAGUGCAAUCCAAAGGACUCUGUUUCUCCAACUACCAAGAAGAUUAGAAGAAUUAUUGAUGUGAAGAAAUCAUCACCUGUUAAAUUAGCAAGCAAGUUUUUCGAUACAUUAAUUGGUGGUGGUUCGUUGGCAACCCCACGUCCAAGUUGGGAUGUAUCUGGAGAUUCAGAUAUUCCUGAUGAAUUCUCAUCACCGAUCAAAUUACAAAAUAAACCAAGCCAAAACGAUAGGAUGGAUGAAACAGAAGAAAUUCGAGAAGUUGAAGAAAGAGUGGAACGAUUUGAUGAUGACGACGAUAUAGAAGAUAUAGAAGAAUCUCCAGUGAAAUCGCCCACGAAGAAUCAGGAACGGAUCAAAUCACUUACACAAUCCCUUCAUGAAAGAUUUCUGAUGGCAAAAUCGUUUACAUCGAAAAGAUCAACUAAUAUCACUAAAAAGGGUGAAUUAGCAAUUGGUGACCAUCCAUUAACUCCAACAGAUCUCAAUGUUGACCUACAAUUUGAUGCAGAGGAAAUUAGUGAAGAUGAAUCACAAGAGCCGGAACAAAUAACAAAACAAAUUACCAAGACGGUAGUUCAAAAGACAACCAGUACUACCAAUGUAGGACUUCAAAGAUUUGCAUAUAGAGGAUAG